UCAACACCUCCUCCCUCCCUGCCCCCCCUUUCAAACGCUCACAUGUGAUCUUCAGCUCCAACUCCAACUCCACCUCCAACUAACUCUCCACCGACGACGAUCCAUCCGCCGAUCGGAGCCAUGCCCCCGCCCGAUUCGCCUCGCCGGCCGGUCCUCGGCCGCCUCGUCGUCGUCCUCCUCGCUCUCCUCCUCCCGCGGCCGAGCCUCGCGGGGGCGUCGGCGGGAGGCGGCGGCGGCGGGGAGCUCGCGUACCUCUGGCCGCUCCCGGCGGAGUACACCACCGGCGGCGACUCCCUCUCCGUCGAUCCCGCCCUCGCGCUCGUCGUCGGCGGCAGCGGCGGGGGCUCCAGGAUCGUGAAGGACGCGUUCGACCGGUACAAGAGCAUCAUCUUCCAGCACACCGGCGUCUUCUCCAUCUUCAACGCCUUCCGGAAGCGCGCGUCCGGGUACGACAUCGGGAGGCUGAGGAUCGUGGUUAGCUCCGGGAAUGAGGAGCUUCAACUCGGGGUGGAUGAGAGCUAUACCUUACUCGUGACGAAGAGUGAUGGGAAGUCGAUCAUCGGAGAAGCGACGAUUCAGGCAAAUACUGUUUAUGGUGCAUUACGGGGGUUGGAGACAUUCAGCCAAUUAUGCAUUUUUGAUUAUAGUACAAAGUUGGUACUUGUGCACAAGGCUCCAUGGUAUAUCCGAGAUGAACCAAGGUUUGCAUAUCGUGGACUACUACUUGAUACAUCGAGGCACUACUAUCCCAUCGACGUAAUUAAGCAUGUACUGGAUUCCAUGUCAUUUGCUAAACUUAAUGUCCUUCAUUGGCACAUAAUAGACGAACAGUCAUUUCCUCUAGAAGUGCCUACCUAUCCUAAGUUGUGGCAAGGGGCUUAUACAAAAUGGGAGCGAUAUACAGUUGAGGAUGCAUAUGAAAUAGUGAACUUUGCCAAAAGCAGAGGAAUCCAUGUGAUGGCUGAAGUAGAUGUCCCUGGUCAUGCAGAAUCAUGGGGAAAAGGGUAUCCUGAAUUGUGGCCUUCUUCAUCGUGUAGAGAGCCACUUGAUGUUUCCCAAAGUUCUACUUUUGACUUAAUCUCUGGCCUGUUAUCAGAUAUGAGAAAAAUUUUCCCCUUUGAGCUAUUUCACUUGGGUGGUGAUGAGGUUAACACAGAUUGUUGGACAUCCACUCCACAUGUGAAGCAGUGGCUGCAAAAUCAUAAUAUGACUGGCAAAGAUGCGUACAAGUAUUUUGUAGUCAGAGCACAAGAAAUUGCCAUUUCAAAAAAUUGGACCCCUGUCAACUGGGAGGAAACAUUCAAUGCAUUUCCCCAGAGCCUUAGUCCAAAGACGAUAGUACAUAACUGGCUGGGAUCUGGUGUAUGUCCAAAGGCUGUCGCAAAGGGCUUUAAAUGCAUUUUCAGCAAUCAAGGUUUUUGGUAUCUAGAUCAUUUAGAUGUGCCAUGGGAUCAAGUCUACACUGCAGAGCCCCUCGAAGGAAUAAGUGAUGCUUCCAAACAAAAACUUGUGAUUGGCGGUGAAGUUUGCAUGUGGGGAGAGAUAGCCGACACUUCUAAUGUCCAGCAAACAAUAUGGCCUAGAGCUGCUGCUGCUGCAGAGCGAUUGUGGAGUAGGAGAGAUGCCACAUCCACCGGAGAUGUAAAUAAAACGGCUUUACCACGACUACAUUAUUUCAGAUGCAUCCUGAAUGGGCGGGGGGUUCAAGCCGCUCCUGUCACAAACCAAUACGCACGGAGUCAGCCGAAGGGUCCCGGUUCAUGCUAUGACCAAUGAUUCUUCGAACGCCGCUAUUUGCUUCAAUAUGUAAAAUGCUGCUAUGUAACUUUCGCUGGGAAAUAAGUUCAUGAGAUAUUUAGAAUUAUAUCCUUUCCA